UUAUUAACUAUGAUAUUAAAAAUAACUUUUUACUCUUUUUUACUGCUUCUGAAUUAUUGCAAUUACUAUUGUUAAAUUAUAAUGAUAGUAAAAAUUAUGAAAAUAAUUUAUCUCAAACUUAUAAAGACUGAGUUGCUUUUGAAUAGUGAUGAUUGACAUGAUGUCUUUACUAAAAAAUAUAUGUAUAAACGUUUCAAAUUGAAAAAUGUUUUAUGAUAUUAUUUCUUUUGUAUCUCCUGAAAGUAUUUUAUGAAUAAGAGGAGUUGUUUCAGUUAUCAUUAAUGAUGCCAAUUAAUUAAUUGAAUCUCACAUAUUUUACAUACAUUAUUCAUAUGUCAUUUAUUUAACAUUUUUAAUUGCAAGCUAUUUAAUUUUAUCUUAAGUAUUUAAUUAAUGUAAUAUUGAAUAAAAUUAUAACACAUAAUAUGGGGCCUAUAUUUUAAAAAAUGUAUCUACUUAAAUUAUCUUAAUUAUAAUUUAUUAUGUUCUUAAUUAUAAAUGUUUUAUUAUGUGUUAUAAUAAAGUAGAACAGUCAAUAUUACUGAUAUAAUAAAUCCAGAUGCAAAAAAUUUGUGCAAUGUCAAUAAUCAUUGUUACAGUUAGAGCAUUUUACGUGUAUGUUUGCAGCACUAAUGUAAUAUGUAACAUGUUUUUACAUUUUACUUACAAAAUAUAUUGAUUGUAUCAUUCCAAGUAUGUGUAAUUGAUACAAGGGGAGCUAUUUGUACAUAUUCUGUAUGUUUUAAAAGUUUGUAUUACUUAAAAAAGAUUUUAAGCUUUAUAAAAGAGCAUUCAAUUUUAUAAGAACAAUGUGUUUUAUUUAUACUAAAAUUUUGUUUUUCAUAGCUAGAUAACUGAACAAGAAGUACUUACUUGAAAGACAAAAUAAAUUGUAACAGGUAGAUGUUAAGCAAAACUAACAGAUUUUCAUAAAAAUAUUAAAAUGUUAAAUUAUUAUCUUAACUGUUAUGAUAAUGUGAAUAAAUGAACGAUCAGUGAUAAUGAUGUUUUAUAACAUUUUGUCCCUAUUGCUAAAACAUACAUAAUUUGAAAUUUUUCAUUUAUAUCAUCAAAUAUUCUAUAUUUUCAAAAUUAGAUGCAAAAUAAUAAUAUACAAAAUUUGGCAUAUCAGACUUUAAACAAGACAGUAGUGAAUUAAUAUUGUUGCUGUAUAAUCUUUGCCCUCAUUAAGCCUAGCAGAACUACUUGAAAUAAUAACAUCCUGCACAGUGUCACGCUACAUGUUCAAGCACCUUUACAGUUAGUCUCUUUCUAGAGUUUAAAUCAAGUUCAUGAUAUCAAUUCAUUUACGCAAUAAACAUUGUUAUAAUUGUUCAUUACAUAUAUAUGUAUGUUUUAUAAAUAUAUUGUUAUAAAAAAGUAUAGUGUUUAAUUACAUAAAAUGUUUGUAAUAAGUAUGAUACUAUUCAAGAUAUUUUUGCUGAAAUUCAAUUUGGCAGAAUGGAUUGAUAUGCCUGAAUUUUCUGAUGAAACAAAAGUGUACAGAAUAUCUACACCAAAACAAGAUCACUUUCAUAAGUUUACUAAACAAACUACAGAAGACCAGUUUUUGCACGCAUAUCAAAAUGUUACUUAUAAAGAUAUACAAAUAGAGCAAACUACAAAUAAUGACGAUAUUGAACACGUUUUUCAUAAAAUAAAAGGUACUAUUAUUGAACCCAUGAUUCAAACACCUUCCAAGAAAGAAGAAAACGUACAGUUAGAUGAAGCAAUAAUUCCUUUAAUCAAGGAACAAAAAUUAAAGAAAGAGUACUUCAAUGAAUCUUUGAUUUCUACUAAUGAAGAAAUUUUUCAAUAUCUACCAAUGGAUACACUUAAAAGUGUUCAUCAAACUUUAAAAUUACAGCUUACAUCGAGUGAAGGAAAAAUUCAAUUUUUAAAAAUGUUUGAAAAUACAUUAAUCGCUGAAAUAGAAUCUCAACUCACACAAGCUAUAAUAGCUGGUCGACAGAAAAGAGGUGUUGAACACUAUGAUCACGGUUAUGAUAAUGAUCAUGCUGCAGGAUUUCCUUCCAUAGAAGGUGCACUGAUGGCUAUUUCAUUUCUUACAUUUGCAGUAUAUCUUAUUAGAUUAGUCAUGCUUUUAUUUAGGAAUAUAAAUAAUUCUGUGCCGACUACUACAGGUGCAACUUUGCUUCUUGGAAGAAGAAAACGAUCUAUGAACAAAUUUGACGAUGAUCUAGUUAUGAUAUUUAAAAACAUAGAUAAUUUUUCCUUCAGAUCUUAAUUAAUUUAUAUCAUAAUAUAGUAUUAAGUUAUUUCUGUAAUAUAAAAUUAGUUAAGAAAAAGUAAUUAUGUUGAAAUUGUCCCAAGUAAAGGAACCCUUUGUUUAUCCAAUUUUAAUUCAUUUUAGUACAUAUUCUAAAAGUUUUAUUCUACAUAGUUUAUACUUAUAAUUUAGCUGCUACAGGUGAUGGUAAUAUCGAUAAUAAUAUUAUGUUACGAUACGAACCAGGUGGUCUUUGUAAUGAAAGGUCUUGUAAUUGUGUAAGAAUUAGUGCUAAUUGAAUUUUAUCAACGUGGUACAUAUUUUUUUCUUCAGAUGACACCAGAAUACCUUGUAACAGGAGAUUGGAUAUUGUUGUAUUAACUAAAUCAAGUGAUAAAGAAUAUGGAUGCUGUCCCCAUUCUUUGUUUUUAAGAAAUGCUUCUUCUACUUGUUUUUGUGUUUCAAUUAAAAUUGCUUGUACUGUUA